AUGAAUUUGAUCCAGCUCUACAGGGGUGCGAUCGGACGCGAAGUCGUCCCAGCGAACGUCAACGUGCGACCCGGGACGCGAAACCUGCUUUGGGUGCGGAAAUUUGGGCACGUAAAGAGGAAAUACCGUGCGAAGGAUGCUGUGGUGGAAGAGGAUCGGGGAGAAAGCGGUUCAAGGAGCGGGAUGCUGCUCGAUGCGAUGGAGAAGCCCAAGAAAGGCGCAGGAAGGAGCGGAUUGCAGCCCAUGCCGAAAAAGAAGUCCGUACGCUCGAGGAACUGGCGCCAUGUCAAGAAGACGUGCAAGCUCUUGCGAUCGGCGCAGAUGACAAAAGCUACUAAAGCUGGAUGCUCGACAUUUGCGCGAGACACUACCUUGUGA